CAAAAUUGGGCUUCGUGUUCGUUUUUGGUCAGGCCUGAAUAGGUCAGUUUCGCAUGUUGUAAUGAUCACGACGCUGUAUCAAAUAUCAAAUCGGGACUCAAGCGGUACUAUCACUUCAACUUCAAGAGCGCAAUGCAAGGUGGGUUUUAUCAGAAAAUCAAGAGAGAAGUCUUCACAAAGUGAAUUCGUGGCCAACGUACGUUGAGAGUUUGAGUUUCCAUUUUUUCACGCGUAGGUAUUCAAGUUGCACCAGACCUUUAAUUAUAUCUGAAUUUGCCGACGUGACUUUUCUUUUUCUCCUAGUCCCUCUAGUAGUACGACUACGUGUAUAAUAGCGACAUACUCUUCUUGCUGUUCUUGAGCGUUUUUUCAUCUCGAGAACUAUGAUAUUCAAAGUCCAUGUAAAAGUCGAUAAGUGUGUACGAACAAACUGAACACAAAAUCAUUUCAGACCCAUCCAUUGAAAAUGACUCGCACAUCACCCCACCUUUUGUCCUUGGUGUGCCUCAGUCUUGCCCUUUUCGUGUCUUCCGUUGCAAGCCUAAACGACCCCGAGCCUCGUCCUGGCGCCCGGUACGAUCUUGUCAUCGGUGCCUCGGGGCCGCAGCUGCGAGUGACGGUUCUGACGGGGUCGUUGUUGCGUGUGCAGUACUCCGCGCAGAACCCCUACGAGCUCCACGAUUUUCCCACGACCGCAGUUGUGAACCGCAAGUUUCCGCUCGUGAAAGAUGUGCAGGCCUCCAGCUCGGAUCAAGUAUUUCACCUGGAAACCGACCAGUUCGUUUUCGAGUACGACACGUCCAAGCCGCACUGGCCGGACGGGUUUCGGAAGUUGGCAUUAAAGAGUACAUCUCUCCGGAAUUUGGACGAGAAAGGACCGAAACUUGUGAAAGAGAUCCGCAGAGAAAUAGAUACAAGCAAACCAGAUGACAUCAGUCGUGCCCCAGGAGCUGCGCAACUUUCCUCCCCCGACUUCGAGUAUGGCUACUGGCACCCGAGCGCCCCGUAUGCCGGAAAUCUUUUGGGAACGAUCCGGACAUUGGACGGCUUCGACGCGGAAGCAGGAAACCGCUUGUCCCUCAACUGCACACAAAAUUCCGUUGAGCAGAACCAGGAAUCCCACUGUCGGUUCGGCGUCCUGUCCAGAUCCGGCAUCGCGUUACUCGACGACAGCGACAUGCCAGUGUACCCCAAGUACACGCUGCAGCCGGAGAAGAAUCCUUGCCAGGACGUCCGAGCAGGGACCUGCAAGGACUUGUACUUUUUCGCGCACGGUAAAAAUUUUACAGCCGCGCUGAAGGAUUUCCGCGGCCUGUCCGGGCCGGCGCCGGCACCGCCACGGUGGGCAUUUGGCAUUUGGUUCACGCGCUGGUACGACUUUGACGAUCAGGGAACGCGGGACCUGGUGCAGCGACACGAGAUUUCCAAAGUUCCUCUCGACGUUAUCAAAGUGAAAAAAGCCUCCACCCCAUAUCGGAAACGGAAGAUGCGCGAAUUUGUGAUGCUGUAUUUGAGUACACAAAUCGACUUGUAUUGCUAGAAGGCCAAGAGACGAAGCUGCGGCCUAUAUUGCAGUCUGUCUGUCAUGCUGUUUCCCACUUCCAGUUGCCCCCUGUCAUCCUGGAGCUGCAAGGCUUUCCCACGCUAGGCAGCACUACAGUCCGCAUCUUGUGCCUUCUAGCAUCACAAAGCUGAUUUGUGCCCACAAAUCUGCAUCACAGAUUUUCGUUUUGAUAUGGGGAGGGGGCAUUUUUCAUUGUAGUAGACGUGUGGGUCUAUGACAUGAACUGGCACGUGUACGGGCAGUGGGGGAGCUACUUAUCAAAUGCAAAAAUGUCUGGGUCUGGAAGGAUCCGAACUUGUGAUGCGCAUUUUCGAACACAGAAAAAUCUCUCAUGCAUAGGUAGCAAAAGCUGCCCCCUUUCUGUCACCAAAAUGGGGGAUUUCUCAUGCGGGUUCGGCAUUGCGGAAGCUUCUCGAAACCUGUGAUGCUAGAGCUUCCAUGCCAGACCUUCUGUGUCAUGCAAAAACAGCAUGAAUCUUCCAGACCCAGACAUUUUUACGUUUGGUACUACUCCUGGAACCGAAACAUUCUGCCGGAACCCGAGAAGCUGGUCGGCGGUUGGAUGCAGGGGGAAAAGGGCUUGAAGGUGGGUCUGAACCUCCACGAUGGAGGGCAGAGCUUCCAGGAUCUUGGUGGCGUCUGCAGUGACGAAGACCACUUCGCCGCAUUCUGCACGGAGGUCCCCGACCAGUGCGCAGCGACGCCAAACCAAGUGCCCUUUCAGCCGGCGAACGCAACCUACCUGCAAGCAGUGGAGAAGACGCUGAUCGCGCCGCUGGGAAACGAUGUGGCUUGGAUCGAUUACCAGCAGGGCGAGACGAAGGCGGUGCAGCCCGUCCCAAAUUUGAACCCGACCGUGAUGCUAAACCGGGUGCGGAGCGAGUUCAAGUACGGGACCAAGAACAAGCGCAUCAUCCUGAGUCGCUUCCCUGGCAUUGGCGGCCACCGGUACCCAGUCGGGUUUUCGGGCGACCAAACGCACACCUGGGCGAAUUUGAUGUACCUGACGUACUUUACGAGCACGGCGGCGAACGUCGGGUUCGGGUACUGGAGCCACGACAUUUAUGGGGGCACUCGCGAGGGGUCCUCGCCGCCACCGUCCAAAGACUGGGAGCUGAACACGCGUUGGAUCCAGUACGGAGCUUUGUCCCCGAUCUUCCGCAUGCACGACAAGGGCGAGGCGGCGGGCCCUUGCGUCGACACGGACACGUGCAGCAAGGUGGAGAUCUGGGACCACCCGAAACCGUACUACGAGGCGGAGGCCGAGGUGAUGCGGUUUCGCGGGGCGUUGGUGCCGUACUUGUAUACGAAGGCAGUAGAGGCGGAGACUUCCGGGGUUCCGAUAGUGACCCCUCUGUAUUACCAGAGUGCGAACGAUCCCAAGGCGUACGAGUUUGCGAAGCCGGGCGGGGGCUACUACUUGGGUGCGGAUUUACUUGCCUACCCGGUCCUGGAGAAAGCAGACUCGAAAACUUUGAUGACAAAGAAAACCAUCUGGUUGCCGCCCGCGACAGAAGAUAAGAAUAUGCCUGGAAUAUUAAAUCGUCCAGCACUUCCAUCCUGGUUCGACCGGAUGAACGGAAAACUUGAAAAAGGGGGCCAGACGCUGACGCGGCAAUUCACUCUCGCAGAAUAUGGGUUGUUCCAAUCGGUCGACGCUGUGAUUCCGCUGUUCAAUCGCGGCGAAAAGCAGACCGUCGGCGGUGCCUCGGCGGAGCGCAUGGACGACGUGACGUGGCAAGUGGUCGUACCUCCCAGCACAGUCUCCACUGUUGAGCGAGCGAAUACGACUGCCCAGCCACGUACGUACACGGGGUAUUUCGUUGAGGAAGCAGCGGCAACUUCAACGGAGAAGGAGCAUAGGACUCGAGUCAGUUUCUCAGUUACUUGGUCGCCCGAUAGCAAGCAAGCGACGGUGCAUGUGUCGGAGCAGUCCCUGGAAAAGAACGGAGACGAAGAUGCAACAGCCGCUUCCGUCCUUGACGAUGAUGAAAGUACCGAGGGAAUAAAGCAUUUGCAGUUUUUCGCUGCUGCAGCGACCGGAGUGCGGGGUAUCUUGGCCAAGCUUCUGGGUCAACAUUCUCCAUCUGCACGCCACGCGCAGGGGGAGAUUGAUUCAGCGGCAUCUGGUGCAGCACCUGACCAGAAGUUGCCUUCCAUGCCUGCACGACGUUUGGGAGCACCACGGCGCCAUCGCAUUGAACUCCUCAAUUUUGGCGGAGAAGUGAUGGCUUCGAUGCCCCUGGCGCCCGAUGACAAAACCAAAAACUGCAGCCCCGCAUGCGAAACAAAGUCGGCCGCUUCGACCUGGAACCAGAGGACAGCCUCGACCACCAUCGAUCUUAGGGCUGUUAUGGAGCAAGUUGUCGGAAAGACAAAAGCGGACAUCUCGGACUUUUCCGUCACACUACACUUGGACAAGGGCGCCAUACUGGACGGUUUGCGGGGGGCGAGCUGGAAAGCAAGGAAGGCCAAGGAGCUGCUCGACGACGGGAAUGUCAACUAUGCACUGGAUAAUCGAGGGCGUUUAGCCGACGCUUGCACCACCAGUGCCAGGAUGGGUUACAACAAGGGCAGCGAAAGUCCGGCGGCGCUCAUGGCAGGGUUCUGGCCUGCGCUACGAGAAGGGCGCGCCCAAAUCGCAGAUCCGAAGCUAUCAAUAGCCAACUUGCGAAGGAAUCAGGCGCUAGCCUUGAUAGACGAGGCGUUGCGGCUUGACCCCGGUGCAGUGCUUUUGUCCGAUGAAGACAAAAGUACUACCCCCACGACAGAGCAGCAGCUCUACGCGUGAAGAUCACAUCCUUCCCGCUCUGUGCCGCUUCCAGUAUACGCAUCCGCCAGCAUGAUCAUGAGGACAUGAAUAUAGAACGAACACAUAUUUUGCUUUCACCAGCCGGCACGCAAGUCGCACAGAGGCUGAUGAGUAUGAAGAUUUGCAUUUGAAAAAGAUGGAGAAAGACCAGCUGGACAAAGAGAAGGAGAAACACACAACGAAU